CCUAGUUUGAACGCGUGCUCGAAGUCAACAUCACUGGUAUGCAGAGAUGGCCUUACGGCUGGUGCUGUUUGCCAAGAACCGGGGUAUCUUGGUUGCUAUGGAGACAAGACCCACUCCCGAGCACUUGCGGACGUGGUCCACAUCAGCAAGAACAUGACGGUAAUGCUUUGCGUGCAUUAUUGUCAUGCCCGCGGUUAUCCGUAUGCGGGAUUGGAAUACGGCGAGGAAUGUUACUGUGGCGCCCUUGGGUCAAAUUACGCCAUCUACGGCCGGUAUUGGGAUUCGGCCUGCCAGCAUCCGUGCAGUGGGUACGGCAACGAGAGAUGUGGAGGUAUAGGCCGGAUUGCAGUUUAUAAUACAAAUGAAACGAUAUCCACAUCAGCCACUUUACCGCCCCCAGUGCCGCAUACGCCGACAUCAACGCAAGUCAUGACGACGAUGUCAUUAUUUCCAACGACGACAACGACAAAGAGAGUAAGCGCCGUCCACGUGACAACACCUGGCACCACGACGAAAUCACCUCACGUACAAACCCAAAUGAUCAACGGAACAGCUUUCAACGCGCACACAUCCAAUGAUGAGAUGAGAUACCUGGCUGUCAUAAUGGGAAGUCUUCUCACCGUCGGGGUUGUUGUUAUUUCUUUCAUUCUCGUCUGGAAUUUCAAAUUGAGAACCCGGAUGCGAGCCAUCGAGGACAGUCCAUUAAACUCGACCGAUAGAGGAAACAACUCGUCGUACGAACAAGGAGAUAAAAAAGCACAGCUCGUGUAUUCCGACCUUCUUACGAACGAUGUAACCAAUAACCAUUACGAGUCAUUAAUUACUUCCGGGGCAGGGGAAGAGGACGUGCCCGUUGCGCCCAGACCCAGUGAACCCCCAGUGGCGGUGGAUAAGCGGAUGAGAAGACACACGAACUUACCUCCACGAAUUCCAACAUAUUUUCCUCAGCCGGAUUUAUAUGAAAAUUACAGAUAUUCGUAUAUGCAGUAAAAGACAUCGCGAUUCAUAGACUGAAAUCCAAGGUUUUCGAAUAUGUAUUAAUGAGAUACCGUGAUAAAGUAUUAUUGUACGUGUAUUAGCCAUACGGUGUGUUGAUUAUUUGUUAUUUUUUCUAUAUACAAUGAACUUUAAUCUGCUAGUUGAUUGGAUGCAUUUGAAAUAUGUAUAGUCUAUGUUGAAAAUACGGCUGAAGGGCUCGUGGGGCAGUGGCAGGCCCCACUAUUUUGUGUUUUUGCGGAGAACUUAUGUUUAGUUCCUUUCCUGUUUUUUUAUCAAACUGAAAUAUACGUAGGUUUCAUUCAAAUAACACUCCCGGUGAAUUUUGUUCCAUCAAAACUCUGAAUGCAUUCAUUCCUACAAUUAACAAAUGGCAAUAAAUUAAUGCUGUAAUUUUGCUCAGUGUAUCCAAAUUUUAGAUUAAAUUUCACCCUCGAUUAUCCCCCAAAGUA